AUAUAGUUCAACAGGAUUUAUCUAAAACAAACAAUGUUGCAUGGUUUUUCCCUGUUAGCAAAAGGUUCAUCAUGCGGUACAAAUUAUGGUAUAUUAGUUUUUGCUAUUUAUUACAGAUAUUUAUUGUCAACAAUGAAAAAUGGCCUCAUAUCCAUUCCAAGUUUCUAAAUGGAUCGCUGCUAUUAACCUGGACAAAAUCUUCGACAUUUGACCAUGAUGUCAUGAUCACCACCAACAUUAAUACUACAGACUGGAUAAGAGUCAAAAAUCCAAAAUACGUGGUUAAAGAUGUGCUGAAUUUUACAUUCGUGUCUAUUAGAAUACGCGAAUAUAGGUCUAGUGAUUUGAAAAAUCACGUUGAAUCUAACAACACUUUUAAAGUUGAAGUUAUUAAAUGCAAAGAGGGAGAUUCUACGAAUAUAUCAUGGACUGUGGACUAUUUCCCAGCUACAGGACACUACUACAUUUAUCAUACAUAUGCCGACAAUAUAUCAAAAAUAAUUGCAGUAGUUGGAGAUGAUGCAAGAUUUGUUGAACCUUUCAAAUACAUUUUCUUCGGAAAAGAUAACGACUCUCACAGCAUAAAGUUCGCAGUGACGAAUAUAACAACAGCUGACGCGGGUUACUAUACUGGCGGUGUAUCGGAGUACGUGGCCUCUUCCUAUGCAAAUGGUGUGGUACUUCUUGUUCAAGGAAAACUAACAAAACCCGUGAUAACAGGGAACCUGACAUAUCAUAUUGGAGGUCCUGCUUACUUCCGCUGUUCCAGCAAUUCUACCUCCGCCCCUUUCUAUUACAAAAAGUUCCCACCCCUGUUAUACUUUUGGUAUGUCAACGACACAAGGUUGUCUGGAAUAUCCAAAGAAAAAUACAGAUUUACUAUAGCAAAGAAGGACAGGUACAAUCGCAUAUCAUGUACAGCAAAGGAAGGAAAAGGAGGGCUCGAGUCAGUGCGAAGUGAAGAUCUACACGUUGACGUUUUAUAUGGCCCAGAUGAAAAACAGAUAUGGAUUUCUCCACCACCGCCACCUGAUGAUAGACUCUGUGUACAGGAUGGAGGUAUAUUUGGACCUUUUAAUUGUACUGCGGACUGCAAUCCACCUUGCAUGAUUCAGUGGAAGAACAAAAUACCCACUGGUGAAUUCGCCAAUGCUACUUCCUUAAGGCUUGAUUCACAGAUAAUACCAGAGAGACGAGUGGAGAAAGGAAAUGUGACAUUAUUUCAGUGUGUAGUGAAAUGGAGUUCUGGCAAAGAUGAUGGUUAUAAAACAAGAAAUCUGGAUAUACAAUUUUCCAACUGCAACCCGGAUGUAUCUGCUACAAAGCAAUAUGUAUUAGCAAUCGUUGGCAGUUUGAUUACUCUUUUUGCUUUGUUGACUACAGUUUUUGUCUGCUUCAAAAUUACUCAUCAUGCACGUAAAAGGCAAAAAUCCAAAAGUGAAAAAGAAAACAUUGGAGAAACUUCAGAAAGUGUGCAAACAAAGCAGGAAGAGUAUCAAAACAAUUCUGAAGUUAUUUUAGAUGAUGAUUUCUCACAAGGAGAGCUGUAUGAGGAAUAUGAUAAUGGAGAUAUACAAGGUGGAGGAAGGAACACCAAUUGUUUACGCAAGAACAAUCCAAAAAUAAUCUUAAACCAUAAAAAUCAAUGUGAGAAUAAGAUGGAAGAGCAAGGGGAAAAUAAUGGAUAUCAAUAUCAGGAUAUCCAUGAGGAACAAGGACAAUUUUAUACACCACUUAACCCUGUUUUACAAACGGAUCAAUAGAUUUGCAGAAUAAAAGUGACAACUACAAACUUGAGCACUCAUUGAACAGUGCGAGGAUAUACACUGCACUUGUGAACGAACCAGUCUCUCUUAUUCGACUUCACUACCAUUCACUUCGA